AUGGACUGUAAGCGGAGGGUGGGAUUUUGUUUCUUUUUUUUCCUUCUUGAUCUUGAUUUGCUUUUUGAUGCGGAUGCGGAUGCGGAUGCGGAUGCGGAUGCGGAUGCGGAUGAAUGGAAUCCGUUAAGGAGGGGUAAGCCUAUAGAUGACUCGGGUUCUUGGGAAACCGGAGGUUGCGAUGGGUUUGUAACUCUAGAAGACGGAGCACACAGCCUCGUGCGUGACGUCACUGUCGCAACAAGGCUGAAGUCCGAAACCUACCUUAAGUUUCCCACUAGAAUCUGCGCACCCGGAGUCACCAUUAUAGCACACGAUCCCUGGGAGUUGAAACCGGCAGCCUUGACUCAUGAAGUAGGGACGGAUCUGGUCUCGGGUGACUUGAGACAAGAUCGUACAUGCCCCGUCUUCUAG